AUGCACCGGACAUGGAAUCCGUGGUUGCAUUUCGGGAGGAGGCGGAUGCGGUCACCGGAGGCGAAUUCGGAUAGGCAGAUCACACACUCGGUGUCCAGUCCUGGAAGCUUCAAAUCCGGUGAAAAGUUCACGAUUGUGAAGGUUUUGAGGGCCUUUUGUUUCACUCCUGUGUUGGCUAGUCUCGCUGAGGAGUUGGCGCUGGAUCUCGAGGCGACUAGCGUUGAGCACCUGAGGGCGCAUCUGAUGAUGGAGUUCAAUCCUAGGGAGCAAAUCAGGGCGCAGAGCAGGACUGAGAGGACCAUAACGACAUUGGCGUCGAAGCUGUUGUCACCGGUGUAAGGUUCCGAGGGAU